AUGUACAGUAAUUGCUAUUACAGCGUUUUACAAAAAAAUACAGUCACGUUCUUGAGUGUAGCACAAUGUAGAACAAGUUCGUACUCGUUUAGAGCUCCUGCUUACCUGCUAGAAGCGAGCAUAACCUCCAUAGGCCUUUUUUAACAUAAGAUCUAUAGUUGAAGAGAAAAUGGUGGGAGGUCAACA